CCAACUUGGCGUCGAGCACGUUUCACAUGUAUAGUACUCUUUCCUUGUGCACACCAUCAUGCCUUCAUCUUCAGAACAAGCUUCAGAUCAAAUCUCUCUCAGUUCCGCUGGGCCAGAGGCGUCACAGACGACUCUCAACAAACACAGCAACCACUCCCUCAUCAAACCCAUUUCCCGCUUCUACAACGCCCUAGCAGGUGACUAUAUCCCUCUCAGAUCCGAUGAACGCUCCACGAAGACGAGGCAUGGUUUGCGCUAUCCGUUGGGAGAGACUGCUCGGGUUUGGUGCAUCCUUGUUAGGCGCAGCAGUCUGCUUCUUCGUCGCUUUCAUGACCUCCCUUUCAUUCGCCCUCAAUCCCGCAAAAUUUGCUUUGGCAUUUAGUUGGGGAGCUUGCUCGUGAUGUUCGGUUUCUCAGUCCUCAUAGGACCAUUAAACCAUGCAAAACAUUUAA